UCUCUCUAGAAGAAGGGAGAAACUUACGUACUGCAAUUCCCAUAUAUACACCGCCAUUUGCAAACGCGUCGCCUCUGAUUAUGUUACCUUUCAAACGGGUCAAUUUCCUGAGACGAGGGUUUGGAGUGUUGGAACAGUACAAAAGAGGAGAGAGAAAGAUGAGUGGAGGAGAUAUGGAGGCUAAAUUGAAGGCGGAAAUCAACGGCGGCGGCGGUGGCGGUGGUGUUGAGGACGUGUACGGUGAGGAUAGGGCUUCUGAAGAUCAGCCUAUCACUCCUUGGACUGUUUCUGUUGCUAGUGGUUACACGUUACUGCGCGAUCCACGACACAACAAGGGACUCGCAUUCACCGAUAAAGAAAGAGAUGCUCAUUACUUGACGGGGCUUCUUCCUCCAGCACUGUUUUCUCAAGAUCUUCAAGAAAAGCGUUUGAUGAACAUUUUACGCGAAUAUAAAGUACCACUGCAGAGAUAUAUAGCCAUGAUGGAUCUCCAGGAGAGAAACGAGAAGCUAUUUUACAAGCUUCUUAUAGACAACGUCGAAGAACUUCUUCCUGUAGUUUAUACUCCCACGGUAGGAGAAGCAUGUCAGAAAUACGGUAGUAUUUUCAGGCGUCCUCAGGGAUUAUAUAUCAGCUUACAAGAGAAGGGAAAGAUUCUUGAAGUAUUGAAGAACUGGCCGGAAAAGUCGAUUCAAGUUAUUGUGGUAACCGACGGUGAACGCAUUUUGGGGCUCGGAGAUCUUGGAUGCCAGGGCAUGGGAAUUCCUGUAGGAAAACUAUCUCUAUAUACAGCUCUCGGAGGAGUUCGUCCCUCGGCUUGCCUUCCUAUAACGAUUGAUGUUGGCACAAAUAAUAAGAAGUUGCUCGAGGACGAAUUCUACAUUGGUCUGAAGCAAAACCGAGCAACUGGACAGGAAUAUUACGAGCUUCUAGAGGAGUUCAUGUCUGCAGUUAAACAAAACUACGGGGAGAAGGUCCUAAUACAGUUCGAAGAUUUUGCAAACCACAACGCCUUUGAGCUACUUGCCAAAUACCGAACAACUCAUCUUGUGUUCAACGACGAUAUCCAGGGUACAGCGUCUGUCGUUCUUUCGGGGCUCGUUUCAGCUUUGAAACUAAUUGGUGGAACUUUAGCCGAUCACACAUUCUUAUUUUUAGGCGCUGGAGAGGCUGGAACCGGUAUAGCUGAACUUAUUGCUCUCGAGAUAUCCAAAAAGACAAAUGCUCCAUUGGAAGAGACGAGGAAGAAAAUUUGGCUGGUUGACUCAAAGGGGCUGAUUGUGAGUUCUCGUAAAGAGUCGCUUCAGCAUUUUAAGAAGCCGUGGGCCCACGACCACGAACCGAUCAAGGAACUCUUGGCUGCAGUCAAGGCAAUUAAGCCGACAGUUCUAAUAGGGACUUCGGGCGUUGGUCAAACGUUUACGAAGGAAGUUGUCGAGGCAAUGGCUUCCAUGAACGAGAAACCUCUAAUUCUUGCUCUAUCGAACCCAACCUCUCAAUCAGAGUGUACUGCCGAAGAAGCUUAUACAUGGAGUGAGGGACGUGCUAUAUUUGCUAGCGGUAGCCCGUUCGAUCCCGUGGAGUAUAACGGGAAAGUAUUUGUGCCGGGACAGGCAAACAACGCUUAUAUAUUCCCUGGAUUUGGUUUGGGUUUGAUCAUGUCCGGUACGAUACGCGUACACGAUGAUAUGCUUUUGGCAGCCUCUGAAGCUUUGGCAGCUCAAGUAACGGAGGAAAACUACGCUAAAGGACUGAUAUACCCUCCAUUUACGAAUAUUAGAAAGAUUUCUGCCCAUAUUGCAGCUAAGGUAGCUGCAAAAUCAUACGAACUUGGACUGGCAUCACGUCUGCCUCGUCCGGAGGAUCUUGUCAAGUAUGCAGAGAGUUGCAUGUACACACCAAUCUACGGAAAGUAUCGCUGAUCAACUGGGGGAAUUAUUCAAUUAACUACUCAUGAGCUAGUUUCGUUUUAUUUUUCGGUUAAUAAAUGUUGUUCACAUAAAGCUCAUAGGACAGUUCUAUAGUCUUGGUUCAGAAGAUUUAGAUCGACUUUUGAUGUAGUAAGACUUCCUAUGGUGAUUGAGGGUAGUUUUCGCGGUCCUUUUUUUGGUUGAAUUUUACUAUUUGUUCUACUUACAUUUUUUAUUUUUA